AUGAAAAAAAAUAAUAAAAUUGAACGACAUGUAUCGUUGAGAAUGACACGUUUAUUUAUGAAAUUUAUUGGUAUGUGGUAUCCAAAAAAUUCACGUGAUUCAUCAUUAUCAAAUUUAAUAAUAAUCUACACAAUAAUUGCACAAGUUAUUGGCCUGAUUAUAAUGCUGAUUGAUAUAUACUACAUAAGAAGUGAUUUACGUGCAAUUGCAUUUAAUUUACCAGUUACAAUAACAAUCAUUCAAGAAUUAAUAAAAAUGACAAAAUUUUUGUGUAAUAUUAAAGAUGUACAAAGACUAAAUGAAUUUACUGAAAAAAAUUUUUGGAAAUUAAAUUAUGAUAAAGCAGAAUUGAAAAUACUUGAAAAAUGUAAUCAACGUUGUAUAUUAUCAUGUGAACAUGACAAGUACAAUAGAAGUAGUCGACAACUUCCAUUUAAUAUGUAUUUUAAAUUCGCUGAAUUGACACCUUAUUAUGAGCUGUGUUAUUUUAUUCAGUCUGCAGCAACAAUUGGUGUGACAGUUUGUACAACAGCAUUUAUAUCACAUUUAUUUACAUUGAAUAUAUAUGCAGCUGGACAAUUUCAAAUAUUACAACGAAAAAUGACAAUGUCACAUUGUCAAAAUGAAAACAAAGAGCCAAAUAGUCUUCAAGUAGCCACAAGUUCAUUUGACAAUUUAAAAAUAUGUAUAAAACAGCAUCAAAUGUUGAUCAAGUAUAUAAAUAUGAUUGAAAAUUUAUACAAUCCAAUAACAUUUAUUCUUGCACUUGGUGCUGUAUGUACAAUAUGUUUGACAGGUUUUCAAUUAGUCGUUGGAGUUGACAUGACAUUUCAUCGAACAGCACUUAGUUUUGAAUUUUUUGUUGCAUCAGUUAUUAUGUUGUUCAUGGCAUGUUAUUGUUGUCAAGCAAUAAUAAUUGAAAGCUUGGCUGUUGGUGAUGCAGCAUAUGCUGCAACUUGGUACACACCAGAUGUUAAAGAUCAAAAAGCUUACAAACAAGCAUUGAUGUUUAUUAUGUUAAGAUCUAAAAAAAAUUGUAUUAUUACUGUUGGAAAAUUAGCUCCAAUGUCUAUAGAAAUAUUCACAGUGGUUUUCAAUAAAUCAAUGUCAUUUUUUACGGUAUUAAGAAGAACAUUGGAAGAAUAA